AGUGUUGUCUUAAUCUAUAUGUUGUGUCAUCACAUCAGUGACUGAAUAUAGUGAUCACCGCUUAUGUGUCGCCAUUAGAUUUACGACCAGAUUAUCGGUUCAAAACAGUCACCAAUGGAUCCAAAUUUAUAUCCGUCGGCAGCGGCGACGGCACCCAUUCAUGCCGUCUAUAACGGUGUGGCCUAUCACGAGCCGCAACAGUCGGCUCCGAGGACAACUCAAACCGCUUUUAAUCAGUCAUCAAGUGUAGGUCACCCGCAGCUAAGGAUGAUCGCACCUCAGAGUGUGUACAAUCAGACAAACACCAGUGCCGUAGGAACUGUUCAUCCGUCUGUCUAUAACCAGCCAAACGUGGCCGGCAUAAACUCAUCGCAGCCGACAUACAAUGGUGUCAAUUAUCAAUCGCCGCCACCACUGCAGCCAAACGUGGCUCAUCAUCAGCAACCACAACAACCGAUAUAUAACCAACAACCUUCUCGAGGACAGACUCUAUACAAUGGUGUCAACUAUAACGACUCGACCUCUUAUCAAACACAACCACAAGUUGCUCAACAACAACAACACCAACCCGUUUACAACGGUCUUAACUAUCAACAACAACAGCCUUCGGUAGAUCCUUUGACCACUAAGAUGGCCGGAAUGUCGGUAAAUCAGACGUGGGGUCAAAUGUGGUCACAGGAGAGCGUUAAUUUGAUGACUGAAAAAGAUAUCCGAACUAAAUCUGUGUUAAGUAAACUUCAGAGAACAGCCACUAAUGAGUCGGACAUGAGUUGUAAUAAAGAGAUAUUGCGCUCAACUCUGACCAAAGUUCCGGAUUCGGCUUCACUUUUACAGAAGACUCGCUUACCAUUCGGUAUUCUUUUACAUCCGUUCAAAGAAGACGAAGACUUACCCGUUAUUCAGGACAGUACUAUAGUCAGGUGUCGAUCAUGUCGUACGUAUAUAAACCCUUACGUCCGUCUAUUAGAUCAACGCCGAUGGCAAUGCAAUCUAUGUCUUAGAAUUAAUGAAAUUCCCGAUGACUUUUUAUAUGAUCACAACACAAGACAAAUGCUUGACCCGACGUUGAGACCUGAAUUAAAUUACGAUUCAAUUGAAUACAUAGCGAGUGUUGAAUAUAUGGUACGUCCUCCACAACCGGCUGCCUAUCUUUUUGUAUUUGAUUGUUCCCGACACGCCACCCAAAUCGGAUACAUACCAUCGAUGGCCAAAAUUAUCAAAGAGUCUUUAGAUAAUAUUCCCGGCGAUUCUCGAGCUUUGAUCGGAUUUAUUGCUUUUGAUUCAAAACUACAUUUUUUUAAUUUAGGAGAUAAACAACCGAUUCAUUUAGUACUGCCUGAUAUACAGGAUGUGUUUCUUCCAAAUUGUGACAAUAUUUUAGUUAAUUUACACUCAAAAAGAGCUCAAAUCGACGAAUUUUUGACAGAAAUUUUACCGAAUUUUCCUUUGGAUAAUCCAAAUGAUGUGGUUUAUGAUUCGGGAUCGGCAUUGGGUGCGGCCUUAACUAUUGCCUAUAAAGUCUUAUCGUCGUUAGGCGGACGGAUAACCCUCAUUCAAGCGGCACUUCCUAAUACUGGUAAUCCAAAUGACGGGUCAGUGCUUACGAAUCGAGAAGAUCCCAAUAAACGUGCGGCAAAUGCCAACAAUUUGAAUGCUUUGACACCACUUUUGAAUCCCGGAACUGAUUUUUACAAGAAAUUAUCACUAGAAUGCUCAGAACAUCAAAUAGCCGUCGACUUGUUCAACCUUUCCACUUCGUACUCAGAUUUGGCAACUGUCGGCUCUAUAUCCAAGUUCAGCGGUGGAUCUAUUCAUUAUUACGGAGGAAGUCCUCCCUUAUGUUUGUUAUCUCGUUUUGAGGCCGAUUUAAGACAUUAUUUAGAAAGAAAUAUUGGUUUUGAGGCAGUUAUGCGUUUGCGUUGCACUCGUGGUAUUUCCAUUCAUACAUUUCACGGAAACUUUUUUGUUCGUUCAACCGAUUUGUUAGCCCUUCCCAACGUAAAUCCUGAUUCCGGUUAUGCGAUGCAGAUAAGCAUUGAUGAUGACCUCAAAGACUAUUCUAAUGUUUGCUUUCAAGCGGCCAUCCUUUACACGUCGGCUACUGGUGAACGCCGUAUACGAGUCCAUACACUAUCUCUGCCUGUUGUGACCACAUUGAACGAUGUUACACAUUCGGCAGAUCAAGAGGCCAUUGUUGGUCUCAUUUGCAAGAUGGCCGUUGACCGAAGUUUUCAAUCUUCAAUGUCUGACGCCAGAGAAGCUCUAAUUAAUUCGGUGGUAGAUAUCCUCAAUACUUACCGAUCCGUGAAUAGUAAUACAGUUAGUGGAGGACUAGUGAUGGCUGCGUCCACUAAACUAAUGCCUCUUUAUGUGUUAGCCCUCAUAAAGCAUAUUGCAUUUAGAGUAGGAAUAUCAACAAAAAUUGAUGAAAGAGUGUUUGCUAUGGAGCGCAUCAAAAGCCUUCCUCUAAAGCAAUUAAUGCUUUAUAUUUAUCCAAAUUUAUAUCCAAUUCAUAAUAGUUUUACCACUGAAUCGGAUAGACCGACACCAGUUCAGCUCUCUUUUGCCAAUAUAGAUCGUAAUGGUGUCUAUUUAUUGGACACAUACGACAAUCUAUUUGUUUAUAUAUGCAAAUCAGUUCAUCCACAAUGGUUGUCCGAAGUGCUUAAUGUUACCCAAUGGGCAAUGAUCCCGGAUGACGGCGAUCUCACAGCUAAUCAAACGACACCAAAUAUUGCAACGCCUGUGAGCCGAAUACAACAACCCAUACAACCAACAGACAAUCGGUCAAUAAUACGAUUACCACAAUUGGAAAAUAUGACAUCCAAACGAAUCCAUCAGUUUAUUAAUAGUCUCAUCCAAGAGCGUCCAUUUCAGCCUAAUUUUUAUAUAUUAAGAGAGGACAGUCGACUUCGGUAUGCAUUUUUGCAGUACAUGUAUGACGACAGAAAUGAGUCGGCAUUCAGUUAUUAUGAGUUUUUACAACAUCUUCAGCAGCAAAUCAAGAACUAAUUUAAUAUAUAUAUAUAUA